CUGGUCACGUGCCAGGAGUCUGAUCACGCCUGCGCCAGAGAAACAAGAUGGCGGAGAGUGCGGAAUUGAAGCAAAUGGUGAUGAGCCUUCGUGUCUCAGAGCUUCAGGUUCUCCUGGGAUACGCAGGUCGUAACAAACAUGGACGAAAGCACGAACUCUUGACCAAAGCGCUACACUUGUUGAAAGCAGGCUGCAGCCCCGCUGUACAAAUGAAGAUCAAGGAGCUCUACCGCCGCCGCUUCCCCACAAAGAUGGUAUCUCCGACAGACCUCUCCCUCCCGGGAAUACACGCCAGCUCUGGUGGGGCUCCCGCGGGGCUGCCCGGCAGCCUUGCCCACUUGGGAUUCGAUGGGCACGGCUCACCCUCUCUACUACCUGUCACACUGCUUGGGCCAAAGCACGAGCUGGGCCUGCCCCACCUGCCCUCCACCCUACACCCAGUCCAUCCAGACGUCAAACUCCAGAGGCUGCCCUUUUACGAUGUCCUCGAUGAGCUGAUCAAGCCAACCAGUUUAGCCUCAGACAGCAGUCAGAGGUUUCAGGAAACGUGUUUUGCUUUUGCGCUCACGCCUCAGCAAGUUCAACAGAUCAGCAGUUCAAUGGACAUCUCUGGGACCAAAUGUGACUUCAGCGUGCAAGUACAGCUAAGGUUUUGCUUAUCUGAAACAAGUUGUCCUCAGGAAGACCAUUUCCCACCCAACCUUUGUGUUAAAGUGAAUGGAAAACCCUGUAACCUCCCUGGUUAUCUUCCUCCCACCAAAAAUGGGGUGGAGCCAAAGCGACCGAGCAGACCCAUCAACAUUACCUCCCUGGUCAGGUUGUCUACAACAGUUCCCAACACCAUUGUUGUAUCAUGGACGUCAGAAAUCGGAAGGAGUUACUCCAUGGCAGUGUACCUCGUCCGACAGCAGUCCUCCUCAGUUUUGCUACAGAGACUACGGGCAAAAGGCAUCAGAAACCCAGACCACUCUAGAGCGCUCAUUAAAGAGAAGCUCACCGCUGAUCCUGACAGUGAGAUCGCCACCACCAGCCUGCGAGUCUCCCUGCUCUGUCCGCUUGGAAAAAUGCGUUUGACGAUUCCCUGCCGAUCACUGACCUGCUCGCACCUCCAGUGCUUUGAUGCUACGCUUUAUAUCCAAAUGAAUGAAAAGAAGCCCACCUGGGUGUGUCCAGUCUGUGACAAGAAAGCCCCAUAUGAGCACCUCAUCAUUGAUGGGUUGUUCAUGGAGAUUCUGAGCAGUUGUGUGGACUGUGAUGAGAUUCAGUUUAAGGAAGAUGGCAACUGGUCUCCCAUGAGAUCCAAGAAGGUGGUACAGGAAGUGUCAGCCUCGUCAAACGGGAUUGAUGAUUCUUGUCGGUCGGUUCUGUCAGAACACAGAAACAGUUCGUCCCAUGGUGGCAGCAGUAAGAAGGUCGAGGUGAUUGACCUGACGCUGGACAGCUCCUCGGAGGAGGAUGAUGAUGAUGAUGAAAAUGAUAAUGACGAACCUCCACCUAAAAGAGCAUGUCCAUCUUUAUCACCCACGUCUCCGCCUGUCAACAAAGGAGUGUUAAAUCUACAUCAUCAGGCAUCUCCACUGGCACGAGCGCCCAGCAUGCCUGCAGUGGAACCAAACUAUAUCCCUCCCCCUCCUCCUCUCAUCCAGGACUACCGUCACUAUUACCACACACCCAGUGACCUGUCAGAUUUGAAUUUCUUCUCAUUUUUACAAGGUGACAAUCACCAGCAUUAUAACAUGGUCAUGGCCGCUGCGGCCGCCGCAUCGGCCUCCGCACCCGCAUCAGAAGACCACGAGCUGCUGCUAAACCGUUUCAUGCCCUACGGCUCCUCUCAGCUGUUCCUGGAGCAGUCGGGGACGGUGCCAAGCAGCUCGCUAGUGCCUGCCAACGGCAGCGGGGGCAGCAGCAGUGGGAGCAGCAGCAGUCUGGUGUCCUCCAGCAGCCUCCGAGACAGCCACGCUCACAGCAACGCCUCCCGUUCACGUUCAGAUGCCGCCGCCUCUGUCAUAUACGGCUCCAUCCCAGAUGUCAUUUCACUGGACUGACCGCAAGGGGGUGCUUGGCACACAGACUAGCCUUUAUCACGAACAGCAGGAGGAUGAAGAAGAAGCUUGUGCACUCAUGAUUUAGACAUGAAUGAGACGGAAAAAAAAGAGAACAAAGACUUUUGUAAAGAGAAGAAUAAAAUUGCUGUGUACAGAGAAGAAAAAUCUAUUUUCAGUUUUACUUUUGUAUAUAAACAAUAGGACGCUGCCUACCCAGUGAGUGACUUCAGUUGGUAUUUUCUUCAUGGAUACUGAAGAUAUUUUUCACUGCUCUGUGUGUUGUUUCUGGAUUAUCUUAUUCUGUACCUUUUAUACUAUUUUAUUUCACCUCGAUUAUUUCAGUCACAGUAAUGAAAUGGCAGUCAUUUUCAUUUUUUGUUUCUGUUUAGUCAUGAGACUUCAGCCCUCAGUCAUUGUUUGAGGGAAUGUCAUAUUAUUUAAUGCCAUUAUCAUGUGCAGGUAAUUUAUUAUUGCUUUUAAGUUAUGUAGGAUGUAUGCUGUACAGAAGCAUUCCCUUAUGCCAACACAGAAUCUAGCCACGACAUGCUUGACGGAGGUCACAUCCUAUUCCAGUCGCACACUCUUUCUCAUCCUUUCGCACAUUAUGCAUACAAGUGGUGGAUUUAAAGAAACAGUCCUCGGAUUUCUUGCUUAUUUGCUGUUGUAUGAUUUUUCCAAUCGUUUUUUUUUUCCUUUAUUGCUCGUCUGUACUAAUCAUGAAGUGCGGUUUAGAAAAGAAGUUCAGGCACUAUAGCAUACCUCAGUGGUCUGUUGGUUCCAGAUUUUACCUGAAGAAUAAUCAGAAUUAUGUUGCAGAUAUUUAUGUGUAAGUAAAAAAUAAUUACUUUAGACGGGGAACUCGAGGAGGCGCAUCAUGUUGCGUACCACCAUACCAAGGUUUAUUGCAAUUAUGUAUCUGUCAAUCAUGUUUAAGUGUGAAGUGGCUUCACUUUUAAAAGCUGUUACUAAAGUCCAGCUACUAAAGUUUAGAUUCCCAGAUGCACUAGGUGGAUAUCAUCAUCAUCUAGAAUAGGGUAUCAUUGAAACCACUGCUUUUUGACUUUUUUAAUUACAAUGACCAUAAAUGUCUAUUAUUAUCAGUCAGAUUUAGGUGAUAAGAAUCAAAGAGGAUUUGACAGUUUGCAUUUUUAUUUAAAUAUUUUGGCUCCAUACACUGAGAUGUAGUCCUAAUUUGUUAAAUGUAAUUGCAAAACAGAUUGUUUCUGUGUAAUGUCAUAUUUUUUGCAAGGUUUUUAGUUCCCUAUCAAAGGCCUCAAUCAGCUGCAAUUGAAAUUGGAACAGACUGUGAUUGGUAACAAUAACAGGCAUUAUCUGUGACCCCCUCCAGUUAGCUUUAUGGGUUUUCAAAGUGCGUUUGGAAGGUGACCUUAUUGCAACAUUAUCUGUGCUGUCUGUUUUUGACUGUAUAAAACUGAAUUUAUUUAUUUUAUCUAUAUAUUAUAUUUUUACUAUUUGUUUGAUCAUGCAUUACUGUCAUGCAUUUACUUCAUAAUUAUUUUGAGAGCUCUUAACACAUGCUUCGCAUUGUACAAGUAUCUAAUUGUGUCCCUGUCUCUCAUUCUCUCAUAUUUUUGUACGAUAUGAGACACCUGAGGCAUUAAUUCCACAAUGUUAAUUGCUGUGUCAAAUUCAACAUUUGUUGAAAUUAAACCAUUUAAAGGAUAAAA